AUGUGGGCUCAUGCUGUGCUUGCUCCAGCCCUUGCGCUUGUCGCGUUGCUGGCGCUGGUCGGGACGGCGCGUGCCGCGUGCCCGCAUGCGGGUGUGGCUAACCGCUGGUCGUCGACACCGCCGCCAGGCGGACAGGACGUGACCAUUCCGUCGGGCACGCUUCUGCUCGACACCUCGGUCACGCUCAACUCGAUCACAGUCCCAUCAGGCGCGACGCUUGUCAUCGACAACUCGGUGCUCACCCUGACGGUCGGGCACAUCUCGAUCGAGUCCGGAGGCACGCUGCUCGGCGGCGCGCCCGACUGCCGGCUCACUGCUGAUGUCACCAUCACGCUCACCGGCAGCUACACGACAGCCGAUCUCAUCGGUGGUGGCUUUGGUGCCAAGGGCAUUGCCACCCACUCGGGUGGGCGGUUCGAGCUGCACGGCGUCUCGCCGUCGCACACUUGGACCAUGCUCUCGGCGACGGUCAACCCCGGCGCGACGGCGCUCCCGGUGGUGGACGCCGUCAACUGGCAGGCCGGCGACAAGAUCUUUGUGGCCACCACCGACUUUUACCGCGACCAGAACGAGGUCCUCACCGUGGUCUCGGUGACCAACGGCGGGCGGACGAUCAACGUUGCCGAGUCGCUCGCCUUUAUGCACUACGGUGCCGGCCACGAAGUCGCCGAAGUCGGCCUCCUCACCCGCAACGUCAAGGUCCAGGGCGAUGCCGCGUCGGUCGCCUCCGAGUUUGGCGGGCACAUCAUCCACCGCGAGGCCACUGUCCGCUUCACCGCUAUCGAGUUUACCCGGAUGGGCCAAAAGGGCGUCCUCGGCCGCUAUCCGGUCCACUACCACCAAACCCACAACGUUGUCGGCCAAGACAUGUACGUCCGCGACUCGGCCAUUCACUCUUGCUACCAGCGCUGCGUCGUCGGUCAUGACACCCAAGGCCUCAUCGUCGACAACAACGUCGGCUACGACACUAUCGGUCACUGCUUCUUCCUCGAGGAUGGGCCCGAGACCGACAACGUGUUCAACCACAACCUUGCGGUCCUCGCUCGCCCCGGCUCGCUCAUCCCCACCGAUUCCGAGCCGUCGGGCUUCUGGCUGCCGAACCCGAACAACGUGGUGACCAACAACCACGCAGCAGCCUGCACCAUGGGCAUCUGGUACUCGCUGCCCGAGCGCCCGACCGGCCUCUCCGAGGCCGCCUACGCCUCAUCGCAGGUCUACCCGCGCCAGACUCCCAUGGGUCUCUGCGACGGCAACGUCGUCCACUCGUGCGAGACCGGCCUUAUGCUCGACGAGGGCCCGCGCCCCGACGGCACCUCGGAGCUCUUCUCGUACAAGCCGCGCAACGGCCCGUACGACUCCAGCUGGUACUCGGUCAAGGACGUCGUCAUCUCGCAGAUCACCAACACCGUGGCCUUCAAGAACACCCGGACCGGUAUUUGGACCCGCGGUAACAAGCACCACGUCCUCAACUCGAUCGUCGUCGACAACCGCGCGGGCGUCAACCUCGUUGGCGGCUACAACCUCGUCGAAGGCCUGACUGCCAUCGGCGCCACAGCCAACGUCGGCACUCCGCGCAACUCGCGCGAGAACGCCGCCGGCCGCACUCUGCCGCAGCCAUGGUGCGACGGCUGCCGCACCGUCGGCUUUGAGGCCUACGACAACGAUGGUCCCCAGUACUUGCGCUCGGCUACAUUUACCGACUACGUCUCGACUUUGUACCUCAAGGCCGGCGCCAUCGGUCAGCUCGACUGCGCGCGCAACCUCCACGCCGCCGCCAACAAGAUCGAGGGCGUGACACUCAACAACGCCAACGCCGUCUUUAUUCGCUUUUGCGGGCCUGACAUCAAGGAGAACCCCAAGCGCUCAGCGUUCCAGGAUGUCGACGGCUCGUUGACCGGCGUCGUUGGCGGUUGGGUCGUCUCGGGCGACCCGGUUCUCCUCGCCAACGCGCCCUCGGGCUGCGUCGAGCAUCCCGAGUGGGGCGAUGAUCAGUCGCAGUUUGUCUGCCCGCCGUUCUUUGCCGGCUUCACCACCCUCCGCAUGCGGAACCGGAACACCGGCGGCUCCAACUUUGGCACCUCCGUGACCAACGACGACUUUGUCCGCGCCACCUGGCACGCCCUCGGCUCGGGUGCCUCUUCGACUACCACCUGCGAGGACUCGAACGAUCCGGUUCGGGACCAGUGCAAGUUCAACGCCGCCCCGUACGCCGCCUACGCGCUCACUUUUCCGCACCCCACUCCGCCCGAGUGGGAGGCCAUCCUCCACCACUCGUACCUCAACGAGUGGAUGGUCAUCGCGCUGCCGUACCCGUCGACCACCUUUACCGUCACCAACUCGUGGGACAACGCUCCCAAACCGGCCGCCUCGUCGCGGGACACUCUCUCGUACGACAACCCCUGGUACUACGAUGCCGCCGGCAAGUGGCUCUACCUCUAUGUCGUCCAGACCGAUCUCGACGACAUCGACACCUUUGGCUUUACCACGCCCGAGGACUUUACCGGUCGACUCAACGUCGUCGCCGGGUGCGGCGCCAACUGCAACGCCGGCACGGUUUCGAUUCCGUCGGCGCUUGCCGAUCCGACCGAUGCCUACGAGGCCGUCCUGCAGGGCUGCCAGGCCGGGACGGGCUCGUCCGCCACCGGCAAGGCCAUGCUGCAGUACAACCCGAACACCCGCUGGCUGGCGUGGAACAUUGUGUCCACGCUCAACGACGCUCCGACCGCCAUGCACAUGCAUCGCACCACCGGCGGCAUCGCCUUUGGCUUCAACACCGUCUUCGCACCCGUCCGCGGUGGCCGCACCCUCUCCUGGGCCGAGCACGAGCAGCUCUGGGCUGGUGAGUGGUACGUCAACAUCCACACCUCUGCCUCGCCCGGCGGCGAGAUCUCGGGCCGUGUCGGCUGCAAGGACGCCAGCUGCUCUCCGCCCGAGGCCAUUCCAUCACCGGCCGACCCAUGCGCGCCCGGAGGCACCUCACUCCUGGUCUAUGCCAACGGUGCGCUCGAGUCGGGCUUCUCCGAUUGGUCGUGGGGCGACUACAACGCCGAGAAGGACUUUGCCUCGACCGGCGGCGGCGAUGUCUUUUGCGGCUCGUCGGUCCUCUACCAGCGCUACUCGGAGUGGUCGUGCCUUCAGGCCCGCUACCCUUCGGUCCUUUCCCUGCCAGGCAGUGUGACCAACUUCCAGUUCUACGCCAAGCGCGCAGACUCGAAUCCGACGCCCUCGACCCUUAAGGUCCGUAUUGUCGACGCUUCCGGCUCGGACAUCAACACUGUUGACGUCCGCGCCGACCACGUCGACAAGUAUGUCGUCGACGCUGCCGGCUACUCGCGAGUUCGCAUCCCGCUCGCCGAGCUCGGCACCGCUGGCGGCCAGCAGAUUGCCGGCGUCAAGAUCUGCGUCAACGAGCUCGGCGGCGCGGCCUCGCACUCGUUCUACUUUGACGACAUUCGAUUUAUCUCCUCUACCUCGGAUCCGCUCUCGGGCUCUUCCAAGUCGAUCUACGUCCUGUCGAACGACUCCUGGAUCGCCUCCAUCACCGCCCACCCCCGCCCCAACCCCCGCCCCGACCCCGACCCCGACCCCGACCCCGACCCCGACCCCGACCCCGGCGCCCGUUGUGUGGCCAAGUCGGUGGAGAUCCUGACGUGGGAGGCUGGUGGCGUGAACGUCGAUGCCUUGGCGUCGCUCGACUCGCCCGUGUUUGUGGAAAUCCGCGUGCCAGCGUCGUCGCGUGACGAUGCCGGCAGGGCGCGGGCGCUUCUGCAGGCGGCGGCGCAGGGGCAGACUUUGUCCAUUUCGGCGACACCCGCGUCAGCAUCCGCAACGCUCACGCUGGUUGUCGGCUACUCGCCAUCGUCGUCGGAGCGGCUGGCGGCAUCUAGCACGCCCGGUGCGCGCGCGUCUGUCGUCAUCACCGACGCCACGUCGCGAACUCGGUACUACGUCACCAUUCGCGCCGACAAGGAGACAUCGGUGAGCGUGGCGAUGGCCGAAGGUGACGCCGACAACACCCAGGUGACCGGCGCGGGCAGUGGCGCGCCACAGGCCUCAUCCGGCACCCCGGUGUGGAUCUACGGCGCAGCCGGUGGCGGAGUAUUGAUUGUCGUCGUCAUUAUCAUUGCCGUUCUCGUGGCCAAGAAGCGCUCGUCGUCGUCUGACUUUGACAUGGCCGCCUUUGCCAGCAACUACACUUCGGCCGAGCCCAAGUCGUUCGUCUCGCUGCAGAGCGAGUACGCCGGCGUGCCGUCAUCGUUCGGCCCGCCGUCGUUCGGAUCCGUCAUGCCGUCUGCGCCCGACGCCGGUCAGGUUGUUGAGACGGUCCAGGCCAAGUACGCCUUUUCCGGUUCCAACGUCGACGAGAUGUCGUUCUCCAAAGGCGACGUCAUCUCGGUCCACGUCAUCCACGACGACGGCUGGGCGCUUGGCUCCAAGUCGUCCGGCGCCCGUGGCGUCUUCCCGUACAACUACGUCGAGCCGUACGAGAAGCCUGCGGCGCAUCCCGCGCUUGCCCGCACACCGCCCCCGCCCAGGCCCAAGCCCUCGUUUGGCGGCGCAGCGCCGCGGACCGCGCCCAAGCCCAUGCCCAAGCCCAAGCCCAAGCCCAAGCCGCACUGGUAG